GGGGAUCUGGACUCAUAGAAUAUGCCUUGCUCUGAUCUUCAAAAUCCCUUUCUCUCCGCCCCUUCCCCCCCUCUCUCUCUCUCUCUCUCUCUCUCCAUCAUCGUCAAAGAUCUCCACGACUCUAUACUCUCUCUCUCUCUCUCUCUCUACAUGGAGCUUUUUCAAGAGCUCAUGUUCACUGUCGGUCUAUCUCUUCUGGUCUUUUUCGUCAUCGCCAAGCACUUUUCAAUGGCGUCCUCUUCUGAUCCUGCUGGAGACAACUCCGUGUCGGUGUCGGUUAUCGGCGUCAUCACCGAACAAAAUCGUCCCCAAAAAUCGGUGGUUUGGGACUCGGCAAGCGAGAGGAGAGUUUGCUUCGUCGACGAAGCGGUUGAAUUUGAUGAACAUGUAGAGGAGCCUAGGGCUGAAGCUGUUGGAUCGCCAUUAAUAUGCGGCGAUGAGGAGCUUGAUGAUGGAGAGGAGGUUUUCGAAGAAUUCUUAAACGUUGGAUUGGAGAAUGAAGAUUUGAGAGCCAGUGUUUUUAGGGAGGAGGCAAAAGGACAAGUGUUGAAUGAAGAGAGAGAAGCUGUCGGUGGAGUUGAGUUUGAAGCAAACUUGUUUGAUGAAUGUUCUAAGUGGGAGAAAUUUCGCGAAAUCGGAAUAGAAUCGGAGGAUUUGGUUGAAAAAUGUUCUGAGAAGGCCGGGGUUCGCGAAAUUGGGAUAGAAUCGGGAAACGAUGGAGAGAGCGUGGCAAAAUUUGAGGAGGUUAGGGUUUUGGAGAGUGAAGAUAAUAAGAGGAACGAAAGUGUCGAUGAGAUUUGCGGCAAAGAAACAGGGUUUUUCGAUGAUUGGGAAGGGAUAGAGAGAACGGAGUUGGAAAAGCGUUUUGGUGAUGCAGUGGUGUUUGCUGGUUCUAAGAGCAAUGCUGAUAGAAUUUUGAGCCUCGAUAAUGAUAGCAAGAUGCAGCUAUAUGGGCUUCAUAAGGUUGCCAUUGAAGGGCGCUGCCGACUGCCACAGCCAAUGGCAUUGAAGGUGUCUGCUCGUGCAAAGUGGAAUGCUUGGCGACAGCUUGGGGAUAUGAACCGAGAGGUGGCUAUGGAGCAAUAUAUUGCCCUUAUGUCAAGAAGCAUUCCUGGGUGGAUGGGAGGUGACACAGAAGAUGGUAAACAGGUUUCUUCAGAUGCAGGAGCAUCUACAAAUCUACCUUUUAAUUUACACAAGCUAGUUGGCACAGAAAAUGAAAGUAUUUCAGAAGAACGUAAACCUUGUGAUGGAGGUUGUGGGAUGAUUGGGGUUGAGGGUUUUGAGGGUUCAAACUCCGUAAACAGAGAGAGGGAGGAGUGACAUCCAUUUAUGCCGGUUACUUCCAUGACCAUGCAACUGAAAACUUCACCGGUACCAAUAACCAGCGAUCAGGUGUUUGCUUCAAGGAACUUCAGUUCUGGUUAUAACCAAGUAUAUAUUGCUCUCUUUUUUUUCUUCUUUUUUUCUUAUGUAAAUAAGGAACUAGUCUUCUGUACAAUCAACAAAUUUCCUGGGAUUCCUAGCCCUGCUUCUCAUGGGGUUGUAGCAGGAAACAUUUGAUUAUUAGGGUCUGGAAGAAAUUUUCUGUUUCUUUCAUAUAUAUAUAUAUAUAUAAUUUGGUGGCAAUAGGAAUUUCAUUAGAGAAUGUCCUCCUAUUUCUGCCUUGCUGCCUAUGACAAAACGUUGCCCUCCUCUGUUAAAUAUAUAUAGGUUUCGUUUGGGAAGAAUGGGUUGGGUGGGUUUGGAGCUAUUUUAAUUAUAAAAAGAUAAAAUAGAUUUUUUAGCCUAAAAGCAUCUUCAAGGGGAUAGUUAAAUAAGGUUUGUUAGGCAUUUUAGCCAAUGUAAAUCUAAUUUUGAGCUCUAAUGGACUAGCUAUUGGGCUAGUUAGUUUAUCAUCUUAUUUUUUUGGUAGCUACAAUUGAAGAGUCUCAGAGGCUCUUCAAAUAAUUAUGUAUGUAUAUAUUUUAGAUUUUUGUAUAUUUAUGUCUUGGAUUUGGAAUUU